GUUCUGUACUCGUCCCAGGCAACAGUGCCCGAGCGAAGCAGUGCGUGCUGGAACAUCGGCGUUCCCACACCAUAUCACCCCCACCCACCCCGAGCAGACACACGGGCCAGUGGACAGACAGACAGACAGGGCGGGACAGGGCGGGCAAGAAACGCGGACCCGUCCGAAGGAGUGCGCCCCGAAUACAAGUGAGUGAGUGUGGUGAGCAGAGUGUGCAGUGGAGCCGCGGACUCCAAAAAGGCAGCGAAAGUGCAGCAGAGUAAGAAGAAGAAGAAGAAGAAGAAGAAGAGGGGGGCUGAUGCAGCAAGGAUGUAUGUGCAGUGGUGAUGUAUUGCGUGUGUGCGUGUUUCGUUUCUGUUUGGAGUGUGAGUUGGUAAUUGUUUCUAGCGCCGAGGCACCAGUGAGAGAGCGUGUCCGUUGAUCUCGGAGCAGUGCAACCCGUCCGGUUCAUGCUGAUGGGGUCCGAUCGACCCGUAACCCGCUACAGACUGUACCCUACCCCCGUUGCGAUGUACUAAGGCGCUGCCUGAGUGUAUGUUAAGCGGUGUCGCUGUUACAGAUUCCUGAGCAAGGCGCGCGGUACCAGCGACGGGGACCACCAUUCCGGUACCGGCCACCGCCGGUAGCGUUGUGCAGCGACCGACCGCGUUCAGGCACGGGCGGUGCCGGUCGGUGUGGCCAGCCCGGGCCCGACCAGCCGACACGAUAAGCACCGAUAAGCAGCAGACGGCGGUGCGCAGACGCAGGCGACGCAAGAAAGCGCAAACACCGUAGGCCGAAGGGGGUUUCGGGGCACGCGAUGGGCCACGCACGGUGGCGCUACCGUGCACCGUCAUCGAGCCCCCGCCGGCCCCAGGAAAGGCGACAGGCUCGGCUGAGCGCAACAGUCCGGUUCGGCCCGCUGCCCGAGUAGCGGUGCUGACCCCUCCCCGUGUGCGUGUGUGUGUGUGUGUGUGUGCUGGUGGCGGAGAUUGUGUUACCACGGUAUCCGCCUGGGGAGCCUGGGUGACCGACCCCGGGAUCCACCGUGCGGCUGAGUGGACAAAAGCUUCCACACUGCUCGAGCUCGAGCGAUCGACGCCAAACGCGAAAGACAAUGGAGGCGUAACCUAAUCGGGCCAGCGAGUGAAAUCGAAAGUGUUUUGCUUUGUGUGUAUGAGUGUGUGCGUGUGUGCAGGUGUGUGUGUGUGUGUGCGCUCGAUGUGCAUUAGAAGUAAGGAACAGCAUCGAACCGGGCCCUCGGUCAUAUCGCCAAAUUGUAUAUGUGUGUGUGUAUGUGUGUUAGGUGUGCGUGUGUGUUUGUUCGCGUUUUUAAAUGUCGUUUGCUAUAAGUAACUGUAACAGUAAGACACAGUAAGACACAUACUACUGAACCACAGUACACCGCGGCUAGCCCAUCACUAGGGCCAAUAAUCAAAUCACACAAACACACACACAAUAAAUAUAUAAAUAUACGUAUAUACACACUCAAACGCAGCCACAAGCGUCACAGGCUACAAGCACACCAAAAGGCUCGUUAGCGCAGCGCCUCUCAGUCAGGCAGCGUGCGCCGAGCAGCAGUUUCGGAUAAAAACGGGUAAAAUUUUGUGUCUCCAGAGCGUCAAGCCGAGCGGGCCGUAGAGUUCGCUUACCUGCAUCCACGUACCACUCCUUCCUAACCGCGACCUCAGCACGAUCCUCGUGGACUGUUUCUCGCUCCGCAACCGACACCGGCACCGUCAAGCAAUAUAGCCAGCCAGGUGAAACAAAGUAACAAAAUCCACACACACACACACAAGGCCACACACGACGGUCAAACGCACGCACUCACUCACCUGCCGUGAGUGUUCCAAGCGAAGUCGGUUUGUCGUCUAACGCGUUGCGGAGGUUCGUGUUCGUGUCAUUCGUGGUGGUACGUGAAUGUGUAUGUGUGUGUGUGAGCGCGCGCGAGUAAAAAAGGUAGAGGAGAGUUCGCUCUAGCUAGGCAAGCGUUUGUGAAUUUUUGUAAGUAAUUGCUGCAACUGCUCGAAUCGAGGAGCCCGAAACUACCGGAACCUCGCUAAACCCGUCAUGCUAGAGAUAUUCGUGCAACAAUUGCAGCAGCAGCAGCAGUGUGUGUAUUUAGCGUACUCGAUAGGAGUGACACAGUAGAGAAACCAAAGAGGCAAAGACAGCAGAAGGUGCGAACAAGCGAACGAAUCGAAUCCAACCAUCGUUCAACCGAAGGGAGAGCGAAGAGCCGGCAACCCGACACACCGAGCGUUUUGGGAGGGGGGGGUGCGAAUGUGCGGCGGGCGGAGGGCACCGUAGCGAUUAUGGAUUUCGUCUCGUCGCCGCCGGGCAACAUCACGCAGGAGGACUUCCUCGCGAUCGUGGGAGCGAACGGCACUGUCGGCGGUGGCCCAACCAUGUUUAACGAUUCCCUGGCGGUGGCGGCGGCGGCUGCGGCAGCUGCCGCAGCAGCAGCCGGUGGUGUGGCCGGGCCCGGCGGUACCGCCGCCGGUGUCGGGCCGGGCGAGAACCUCACCAUCCUGCACGGUGCGUACCCGAGCGGGUACACGCUGCCCCACAUCAUCAUCGCCUCAAUAAUCGUGACAAUACUUAUGAUCGUCAUCGUCGUCGGCAACAUGCUCGUCAUCAUUGCGAUCGCGACCGAGAAGACGCUGAAAAACAUCCAGAACUGGUUCAUCGCGUCGCUCGCGGUCGCCGACUUCUUUCUCGGUCUCGUGAUCAUGCCGUUCUCGCUCGCGAACGAGCUGAUGGGGUACUGGAUCUUUGGCAACUGGUGGUGCGAUGUCCACUCCGCGAUGGACGUGCUGCUGUGCACCUCCUCCAUCAUGAACCUGUGCCUGAUCUCGCUCGACCGGUACUGGAGCAUCACCAAGGCGAUCGAGUAUCUCAAGUCGCGGACGCCGGCCCGGGCCGCGUUCAUGAUUGCCGCCGUCUGGAUCAUGUCCGCGCUCGUCUGCAUACCGCCGCUGCUCGGGUGGAAGGCACAGCGGCCGGAAGGGCACGUGGAGCUGCCCCAGUGUCAGCUGAGCCAAGACAUCGGGUACGUGCUGUACUCGGCGCUCGGAUCGUUCUACAUUCCGAGCUGCAUCAUGGUAUUCGUCUACAUCCGGAUCUACUUUGCGGCGAAGGCCCGGGCCCGGCGCGGUAUACGCAAGAAGCCGCUCAAGCCACCGAGCGAACAGGAUACGAGUUUUACGCGGAAUGCCGGUACCGUGCCGAUGCCCUCGCUACCCAGUGCCUCUAGCAAUAACAAUCAGUCGGCGGCGGCGGCGGCCCAUCAUCAGCAGCACCCGGUGCAGCUUUCCAGCGGGGCGCAGGGCGGUGGCAGCACGCAGAUCGCGACGAUCGAGCCGCCGCCGCGCGGCACCCCGAUGCCGAUCCCGGUCGUGACGUGCGAUUUCGCGUCGGACAUGUCGACGAGCGAGGCGGCCACGGCCGAGCAGGACCAGCACGGCCCAAUCUCGCCCGUCGCGCUCGAGCCGAAGGACACGCUCAAGGUGACGCAGCCGGCGCAGCAGGGCCGGAGCACGAACGGCAUCACGGCGGCGGGGGCGGCCACCGAACCGGUCGCCUCCCCGUCGUCGGCGGCCGCCCGCAGCCGGGCGCUGUCGGUCGGCAUCGACACCGACAUGGUGAGCGAGUUCGACCCGUCCAGCUCGGACUCGGGCGUGAUCAGCCGCUGUGCGGUGGUGAAGCCGCUCAAGUUUCGCCUCUGCCAGCCCAUCUUCGGCAAGGGCAAGGCGAAGGCGCGGCAGGCGAACGCGAAGGCCGCCGGCCACGGCGGGGCGCACGCGGGGCGGGGCAACGCGCCCAACUGCACGCAGCCGAUGCUGGCGGCGCCGGGCGGCCAGCAGGCGAUCUCGCAGCUGAUCGCGGCCAAGCAGACGGACAGCGCGUGCAGCGAGCUGGAGCCGGCCCUGCCCCCGAAACCGAAGCCGCGCGACCCGGAAAAGGAGAAGCGCCGGAUCGCGCGCAAGAAGGAGAAGCGGGCGACGCUCAUCCUCGGGCUGAUCAUGGGCAGCUUCAUCGCGUGCUGGCUGCCGUUCUUCUUCCUCUACAUCCUGGUGCCGGUCUGCCCGGACUGCCACAUCCCGGACAGCGCGUUCUCGCUCGCGUUCUGGCUCGGCUACAUGAACUCCGCGCUCAACCCGGCCAUCUACACCAUCUUCAACAAGGACUUUCGGCGCGCGUUCCGGCGCAUCCUGUUCAAGUGAUGUUUAGCGUACGUGUGCUGCUAUCGCUGCGUCUCCCGUAGCAUCGAGAAGGCUACGGAGCGGGCCAUUGGCGGCGCACAGCUCGGCGGCGGCUACCGGACCGGCGGCUACCUGCGAUGAUAAUACGCGCCGCUAGGUGGCGCACCCGCACCGCUGUUCCUACUACAGUCACCACCAUCGUCAUCACCAGCACCGGCGCCAGCGUACCGCGAGCCGGCCGGCACCGUCGCGCUGCUCGUCUUGGUGGCCGCCAUCGCCGUCGCCACCAUCGAGCCGUGCUGGAGGAGGCCCUGGAUGGUGCCGCGGGGGAUACCGGCGCGCGAAGGGUAUGCAACGCCGCCCAUCUUUCGGUAACACCAAUGCGAACAAGCAGAGAGCAAUAGCUGUAGAGAGAAGGAGAGAACACGAAAGAUUAAAAAUGUAAAGCAAAAAAAGCAACACAAAAACACUCACACACAUAUUUACUGCAUCUUCGAGUCAUCUUUGUACACUCUCACAAAACACACACACACACAUACACAUGCGUAUAGCUGUGUGCGUAUCAGAAUGAUUUGGAUGUAGUGUUUAGCAGUACUUUUCCCCACCAAUUACUCUCCCACCAAGCGUAAACAUGGCGAACGGACGUGCGAGCAUUGUGAAAAGCCGGAGAAGCAAACUACGAAAAUAAAUACUGCGGCAGAGGGAGAUGAGGCGAACAAACAGCAUCAAAUGAUCAAAGCAGACGACACGGAGAAGCUAUCCGGCAAUACUUAAACAAUUAUUCGCACGAAGCUGUGUACUUAUCUGCAAACCAAACCGUAGUGUGCGUAGCGUACUACCACUAUAUAUCUAGCUAAAAAUGCAAGGGACGGCCAGUUGGACACUAAACAAGUAAAAAUCGAGUUACGGGCAGCACGGCAAAGCAAACCAAAUCGCCCCCCAAAAGUAGGUGGUACUAUGAGUAGGAAAAAACAUAAAUAGACGUUAAGACAGUGGGUUUCUGCACAGCAUAGCACAGUGGGAAGGGACACAAGCGCAAAGCGUAGGGUACACAAUGCACAACCUUCCUUCCUGGAACAGCCGACACGUGUACAUAGUGCAGGCAAGAGGCGGUAUAACAAGAGCGAGCCGAACAAAAGCCCAGGAAUCCAGCAAUCAAAAAUCAAACCUCUUCUCGCAGUUGUGGCGCUCGGCAGCUGAGGUGAUGAGUGAACUGGGAGUGGUCGUUUGCUUCGCUCUCCGCGUCUUAAGCUCGGCGGCCGGCGGUGGGGCUUGCUGGCGGAACACGAAACCCGGUGACUAGUGGGUCUGGGACUUAGCUAACUAAUUUCAAACUAGUAAUUAUCAGCACACGUGCGGGCAGCGUAAAAAGGAUGGGUGAUACGAAACCGCUGAAAUUGCGCCGCGUAGAAAUAUUUAGCAAAACAAACAAAAAAAACGCCCCCACACAGAGCGAUGCAUUCGCCGGCUACACCAUUUGCAUUCAGAUUCGGGGGAAAAGUUGGGCGAGCGAAGGUUCAACCGGGAUGGGCAGGCAAAUUGGAACCAUGUUUGUCCUCGGGGCAGGCACCGGUUUUAAGCACCGUCAAACAAAUGCUAUUAGUUUAUUUGUGUUUAAAUAGCACACGCACACAAACGCAAAAAUGUCACUGUGUUUUUUUGUUCUUUUUAGAACCGAACCGAAACCACCCGCCCGCGGGAAGCGGAUCCGAGAGCGAUGGAAAUGUAAUGAAAAUUGCAGAAACAUUUAAUAACAAAAAAAACCUCUGCACGCAAAUUUUAAUUAUGCAUUCUAAAUCGCUCCCGCUCAAUGCGGUGCGUGCGAAUCCAAUUUACUUCUCGACGAUUUCAUUUUGCGAAAAAUGUUGCCACCAUUGCCACCACCACCCCCAAUCGAGCUGGAUGCAUUUGGGGAAAGCUGAGCGCUAGCUGCAGCGCAAGGGGGAAAGAAUGUACUAAAGGAAGGUGAAAGGAGGAAGCAACAACAACAACAAAAAACUUGUAAAAAUCAAUGACUAAUAGUUGGUAAAUACCGGUAUUAAACAGGGGGGUUGGGGGAGCGGAGACAGCACCUGCGGUGGCGGGGACCGCUUCCGGGCCCCGCCGCGCGUCCAAGUGCGAAGCUGCCAACCCCCUCGAUCGAACGUGAUGCGUCCGAAUCCUGUUUUUUUGUACAUAGCGGAAGCGGCCAGACAGAUUGAGGGAAACCACACACACACACACAGCAUAUUGCAACCCAGGCAGAGAACAAGACAAUGCACAUACAAACACACACAUACACACACCCACACAUGCGUACGGUAAAGCGAGUAGGACGGUGUGCGUGGUCGUUUCUCGAGGGUAAAGGAUGUUGCGUAAAGUUGUUUUAUAAAAACAAACGCGCCACUUGUGUCCUUGCCUGAGACGAUUCCGAUGCGCAACCAUGGAAGGGAAGGAAAGGGAACAGGAAGAGUUCGGUGGAGGGGGGGGGUUGUUUUGGGGUGCGGAGGACUGGCGAGGAUUGAGGGAGGCAGAGAGCGUGGCAAAGGCACGAAACUCGCUCGCUCUCACCCACAAGCAAUAACACUGUACCGGAGUACGGUACUCUUUACUGAUGCUUCCUUCUCAACCCGCCAUCCCCUUGACCACUACCCCUCACCCCUCUCAUGAGGCGAUUUUUUUUUCUCUCUCUCUCUCUCUUUCUAUCAUAAACUUCAAACUUCGCGCCCCCAGUAAACAGACGGUUUGAUGCGCUAAUCGCAAGGCGCAUGCUUGCAACGUUCAGGCUUAUUCUAGCUCUUUUGCUCGAUUUGGGUCGAGUAGAGAGAUUUGAAUCGAACUCACAAAAUCAUAAUUGUAGCCAAGAAGUAAGGAAUCUCCUUAUAAAAAUUGAAUUGAAAUGAUUUCUUCUUAUCUAACCUUCCCGCUAAACAUUGCAAGGGUUUCGAGUAGUAUCUUCUGUAAAUUCUAAAUAAUAACUGCUUGCCUUCACAAGCUGUUGUAAUCCCAAGUGACAUUUGCUCGCACUUGUUUGUCCUCAUCUGCUCGACUACUACUCGAAAUUACUGAUAUAGUGAAUUUGUGUGCCAGUAAAUUAGACUCUCUUCUAUGGAUGAACGAUAGCAUCUUGCUGAUUUAACAUUCAGAGCUUUACUUUUUGAUGUAAAAAGGAAGCACAUUUUGUGGGACGUUAUUUUCUGAAAAUUCGGUAUUUUUUAAAGUAUAAAAUGGCUAAAUGACGGACUAUAACGAAAGGAAACGUUAUUUUCCGGUAAAAUCAGAAAAAAAAAACAAACAAAAAAUUCACACCACAGUUGAUUUUAAAGAGCAUUUUUCUAUAUUCCCUUGAACUGGUGCAGUUUCAAGGAAGUUUAAGGUUCCAGUUUAAGGUGAAUUGAUCGAAUUCUCGAUAAUUCAUGCUCAAAAAUGUCAAAUUUCAAAGUGACAUUUGUUCUACAUUUUUAACCAUGAUUAAUUUGCUUGAAUAUUUGGAUAAAAAAGGAGGUACAUUUCGUACGGCGUUAUUUGGUGAAAAUUCGAUGGUUUUUUGUGUAAAAAAAAUUAUACGACCAGUAAUAAGCAUUGGAAACGUUGUUUCCCAAAGGAUAGAAAAGAAAGCAUCGAAAAAUACACUUCACAGUCGAUUUUAAAGGGCUUGUUUUAAAAGUCCCUUAAACUGGUGCAGUUUAAAGGAAGUCUGAGGUGCCAGUUUAAGGGAAAUAGCUCGAAACUCCGAUUUUAGAACUCGAAAAUGUCAGUUGGGUUGGGAUUUGUUCUUAGUUUUUAACCACGAUCUACUCGAAUGGUGCCCGAGAUACAUUUUUUUGGAUUUGUGCGUGAUAAAACGUGUAGCAAGCGUCAAAAUUCCCUUUGUGCGUGUGUAUAACCUUCUUGUAUCUGAUGAUAAUGGCGCUCAUUUCGUUUUUCAGAUUCAUUGGUUUGAAUAUUUGGCGAAAAAAGAAGCCACAUUUCGUGCGGCGUUAUUUUGUGAAAAUCAGGUGUUUGUUGGUAUAAAAUAACUAUACGAACAGUGGGAAACGUUAUUUCGCAAAGCACAGUGAAUAAAUCAAUGUAUAAAGCCACAUCGGAGUCGAUUUUAAAAGGUUUGUUUUAAAAGUCCGUGAAACUGGUGCAGUUUAAGGUAAAUAUCUCUAAAACCCCGAUUUUCUAAGUCGAAACGUCAAUUGAGAUGCGAUGGCGCGCGGGCUAUAAAGUUAUACGGAGUGUAAAGCCUCAUGCGAGCUCGACGACUGCUCGAAUUUUUUGGGGCAUAGUUUACUUCAUGUCUGCCAAAAAAAUUAAUUUCGAUCCAUUUUCUACUUUGGGUUUUGAUGUCGACAACGACAGGCUUGAAUUGACUCUAGAAUCGAAAGAACACGUAGACGUUUUAAUGGAUAAAUCUCUCUUGACGUUUGCAUAAACAAUGUUUUUUUUCGGCUUGUUGUAGAUAACAAAAAACAAGCAAAGAAAGACAAUUUCUUUCCAUGAACAUCCUUUGAAAGGUAGUUAUUUAAGCUUACUUGCAAAAAUAAAUCUACAACCUUGCGAACUGCCUUCUGUCAGUAGUCCGCAAGUUUCCCCAGGACGGACAAAGACAUCCGUAUUGGCAUGUUGUUAAAAUCUACCUUCGAUUUUUAUCACUUUUUCGCUAGUUUUCUGACAUCAAAAUUGUUGGAGUAGAGCUUUUGCAUCAUGUUAGGGCAGAAAAAUUCGAUGGACAACAGCUAGGAGAUGUCUAUAUCGGGAUGUCGGACUAGGAUGUGAUAUCAAAAUUCCUCCGAAAUUCACCUAAAAUGAUCGCAUUGAAUUUUACUGAUAUUUUUCUUCAUGUACCUCAGGUACUAUUUCACUGUUUGGUCGAUUGCAUCGACAUCCCCGGCCAGGAGAACUCAGCGAUAUAUCGACUUGUCCCUCGGUUUCCAUUUGCAGCAUCAUUUGGUGCUUCUUUUCGCUCAGGGUCGUCGGCCAUUUGGAACCGGGCGUUCUAUCGAUGCUCUUAGUGUUAUCUAAUAGUGCCAAGACGCUGUAGAUGCCGGAACAGGCUUACACGACGUCCACAAACUGCCGCACGGAGUCCGUUUUCAGCCCUGCGGGUUGCCAUUCUUUGAUCGCGCACGCUCCUGCACAAAGUUGCUUUACUAUUUUGGUCAUCACGGCGCGAGUUUGAGUGAUAGAGGUGUCAAAUAUUGUCUACUGACUCAUAGGAUACUAUUACCAGUGCAAUCAACGUUUUUUUUUUGUGCGGGUGAAGAUAAAAACAUGAAAAAUUGACAAUUAUUGUCCAUGUUUUUUAAUGCAAACGUUACUUGACACAUAUUCUAGGGACACCUCGAAACAGCAAUUAGCAAUAUUCAACUCGACAUGUCGAGACAUGUCGAUUGCAAGAAUAGGAUAAGCCUGAACGGUUUGUAACAAAUUAGCCAAAACUGAUCUGAAUAUUGUACCAAAAAAAAGUAAACAUAAUCAUACCAUUGCUCCCCGUGUGUACAAAAGUGGGUUCGCACUCAAUAGUCAAGGGCAUCGGGCGGCACAAACGAAACACUCGCCCGCUCGAGCAUGCAUGUGGGUGUGUGGCAACAGUUUACACGCAUAGAGUUGCACAGUAAUAACCACAACACAAACACAACAAACACACACACAUACAUAUAUAUAUACACAAGAUCGUCCACAGGGCGACUGGAUGUUUUUUAGGGUUAGGAAAUCUUGUGCUAAAGUGUAGAGCACACAAAACAAAACAAAACAGCACACCCGAAUCCUGGAAUGUGCUGUUAGCUAAAACUGUUUCAAAUUGUUUCAGAGCUCGUUUUUUAUUGUCAUUGUGUUUUUUUUUACCAUUAUUGUCAUAUUCUAAUAAAUGUUGAACCAAAAAUCGCGUCACGAACAAGAAUUGUCUGCAAAAGCGAAAAAGCAAAGCAAAAAAAAUUAAAUACAGUGGAACCAACCAUCCCUCUAAGUGUAAGGCAUUUUUAAACAAACAAACUAACAAAAAAAAGAACAGAUAAACAGCACGCGUGCAUCGGUGCAUCGGUGCACGAGUGCGCGAAUAAUGAAUGGGGGAACGUAAAGGAAUGUAGAAGAAAUGUAAAACCAACCAAGAAAAAAUAUUUAAAACAAAAAACAAACACACUCAAAAAAACCAAAUAAUUACGGUAGCUCGUAAGCCCCUGUGUGUAUCUUUGCGACAGUAUAGUAUAGUGAACUUAAAUACACACACACACACAGCCACACAGAAACACACAAAUCGUACUUGUAAGCAGAACACACUACAUUACUAUGUAUUGUCCAUCGGGCAUUGUCCAAUGGUACAAACAUGAUGAAAGCAAAUCAAGUGAAAUUAGAUGUUUUUUCGCGGAUCGCGCGCAGUGCGGUGAUGGUGGUGGACCCAAAUCAAACCCGAAAAAAGAACUAUAAUUAUAUAAAUAUACAUUUAAAAACUAUAUACAUAUAUACAUACAUAUAUAUACAUAUAUACAUAUAAAAAAAAGUCUAACACCACAAAACCAUUUGCUCGGCGCGAAGGGCUCCCCUGUAUUGGUAAGGUUCGCAAACUACCGUUAAUGGCAAAACAAACAAAAAAUAAUUCAAACAAACAAAAAACCCCUUUCAAGGAAACGAGCUGUAGGAAGUCUUCGCUAGUAUUAGUAUUGCAUCCCGCGUGCCCGUUUCUCCAUUUUGUAUAGGUAUGAAUGUGUGUGCUGUGUAAUAGGGGAAACCCCCGGGGGGGAGGGUGGGGGGGAACUAUGCCAAACGUAAGUAGGAACAGACAUACAUACAGACACCCUCCCCCCACUCCCCCCACCAGGAAAGGAAAGCAAUUCGAGCAGUGGAGUGCGGAAGACAGUGCGAACUAUCAGCAUCAGGCAGUUCGAUCGGCAAUUCGGGUGAUAAAUAGCGAAUAGCGAGAGACGGGAACGGGAGGUAAAAGGGGCGGGAGGGAAGGUUGCUAGCAGGAGAGAGAGAGAGAGAGAGAGAGAGAGAGAGAGAGAGAGAGAGAGCACACACCGGCACAGGCACACGCGUUGUUUUUAGUCAGCUGUGGUAAUUAUUCUAAAUAAUUCCUACGCCAGCUGCACAAAACCGAACGAAAUAGAGAGAGAGAGACAUUUCUUUUUUGUAUUAAAUUAUCACUUAUAAGUGUGUGUGUGUGUGUGUGAGAGAGAGAGAGAGACAGAGAGAGAGAGAUAGAGGGUAAAAUAUUUAACUGUGCUAAGUUGCUGGGUUGCAGCUUCACCCACAAGCAACAAUUACCGACAAUUAGCCGACAAUUUAUUAGUGUCUAUGUAUAGAAAUGAAUAAAAAAACAUCGUUAGCUAAAUUUAAUAAAUAAAUAAAAACACACACACACAUGAGCAAAUAGAAAAAUACAACUUUUAAAAAGUUACAUCAUCACACCGGAGAUAAGAAGCAGCGCAAUAGAAGAAGGGUAGAAAAAUAGGCGAAGAAAAGUCAUUCUAAUUCACGUUUUUAUGUCUGGAUCCAGUGCGCCAAGGGAGGGUUUUUUUUUAGCAAGCCAUGGCAUUGUUUCUAAUACUGCGUAUGUGCGGGUGUGUGUGUUUGUAUGUGUGUGUGGGAAGGUUAACAAAACCAAAUGGAAGCAAAACCAUCCCUCCCAAUCCCCCCGUUGCCCACACCCUUGCGCCUAGAGUGUAAGCAUAGAUGAAGGUGUUUUAUAGGUGUUUUUGUUUUUUUCUCUCUUAUUUUUUGUUUUACGUUCAAAAAGGACGAAAAGAAAAGAAAAAAACAAACAAAAUCAAUCAAUUGGUGUCUAGUAGUGUGUAACUUUUUGCUGGCUCGUCCCAGCCACCAUAGCCAUUUGCACGGAUAGCAAUAUAACACAAGAAUAUAGGAUAAUAAUAUAACAAAAUGAGAGCGAGAGGGGAGAGAGAGAGAGAGAGUGACCACAUAAAACUACAACCGUAACUGGGAAGCUGAAAAAUGUGCACAUCUUAGAUACGACAGUUAGCCAAAAACAAAACGCAACGAGCAAAUUGUGGGCUGAAGAGAUCGGCUGAGGACAACAUCGCAACAUUUGCAUAAAUUCAGUCAAAUGGUAUUAAACGUAUUAUUCAAGCGGUGUGUCAAAAAAGCGAGAGAGGGAGAGAGAGAGAGAUAGCACGCAAAACGAGGUUUCCGAUCGAUUAUUACAUUGUAAGCUAAGCUAGGUGUGGAUGUUCCCGUAAUUCUGAUCGUUUUUUGUACUUAGAAGAAAUCGUCUCAACAACCGUUAAUGACUACCCACCUCCCCCUUCUUUGUCACUACCAUCGAACCUAGGAAAGGAGGACGGGGCGGUUUAAGAGCAAAUACUAAACGCAAUACAAAACAAUACGUGCACAACGUGCAGCCGGGGGAAAGCAAAACAUCCAAAACCCUUCAAAACGACACGGCGACCACCACCACCACCACCAUUUUAGGAGCACCGUACCAAGCAAGCCUUCAUCGUACCUUUUUCUUCACAACCCACCCGUUUAUCUCGUUUUCCCGUUGCUCUGUACGGGUUUUGUGUUUUGAAUUAAAAGCAAAACAUUUUACUCUUUCCUUUAAAUAACAACAACAAAAAGCAGGCAAAUCACAAACACACAACCAAAACUAAAUCAACAACAACAUCCCACGAGAGACGAACACUAUUAGUGUGUGCAAAAAAUAAACGACAACAACUUGCUGGGAACAAACAAACAAAAAAGCGAUCGUAUCAAUGGCCUUCUAGUAGCCAGAUACAAAACUACAUUAUAUAUCAACCCCCAGAGCGUAUAAAACUGUUAAACAGUGCAAGAAGCUACGGAGUAUGAAUAAGUUGCGUGCGCUUUGUUUUAUGUUUUGUGAAAAUGGAAGCCUUGCUGUGACAAUUUGGCAGUACAUUUUAUGUUCAAAGUAUUUUCUGCCUUUUAAUACUGCUUCUUCCCAUCAUUUUGGUAAUGCACAGUUUUUUUGAUUGACAAACCAGGAUGGCUGUUAGGCCACUUUUCUUGCAACGAUCUCUUUUUUUUUACCUUAUUGCAAUUGGAGACUUGCUGGACAGCCACAUCAUGUUCCAUCGACUAGAACGGACUGGCUAAUAUGUGAAGGAUUAAUAUCUAGGCUGCACAGCGGGGAGAUACAACUUCCAUUUUCAGAGCUUUUUUUUUAACACUUUUUUAAAGAUCCCACAGAAGCAGUGGCUUUAACAAGUGAACUGAUGGGGUUCGUCGCUUGCUGACCAAUACCCACAUGAGACUCAGCGUUCCACCUUUCGGACAUUUUUUCUUGCUUUUAAGCGAUGGGAAAUCACUUGCUUGCUUGCUGUGUGUCAAAUAAGGGCCCUUCUGGAACGUUUGUCCAUAUUUUCAAUAGUGAAGCAGAGCUCCCCGGAUUUAAAAAAAAACACACACACACACACUUUUUAUUACAAAGUUACCGUCAGUGUCUUUUCUUUUUUUGUGCAUUCCACCAAAGUAAACACAAUCAUUGACGACACCUACACUAAAUGCGCUCGAACUUAUUUAUAGUCCAUAAAAAAAAAGCAAGACAAAAAAAUAAGCACACACAGUGGUGUACAAAAAAACUGCUAAAUAUUUUUUUCUAUACGGAGGUCGUGGGGGGGGAACGAACCUUCUCAUGUACAGAUGUCGCGAAAGAGUCAGUACUAAACACGGCACACCGACGCCCAUUUUCUUGCUGGGCGAGAGGGCCCCAAACGAAGCGAUUCAAGGGGUUGGGAAACGGAAGGGACGGAAAAAGGGAAUAAAAACACACACCACCCCUACCGCACCACUACCCACUACCCAGGUUCAGUUUAUGAGGCGGUCAGCGAAACGACCAGCGCCUCGGUAUGUUAAGCUGAGUGCGGGAUGGUGAACUUUUUGAUGGGUGAGCGAGGUGAUGAAAAGCCGGGCAGCUUCGCUGCUAUCCGGACGCUAAAACAUUCAGCCAAUAACGUGGUACUUCUGUGUGUCUGUGAGUGGAAUGGUGGCGGAAGGUGGGAAAACUAAUUUCGUGCGUUCUCCAACCCAUCUACCCACUCCAACACCAACGCCACUGGAGUUUUCCUUAAAGGGUGCUCAACCCACGGAGUAGGGAGCGACCGAGUGUCAAACCGCGCAGUGUACCGAAACCACAGCACCAGCUUUUGUCUGGGCAAGCCUGCACCUUCCACUACCAUCCCCCCCCCCCCCAUCACGCCAUCACGCCAUCACAAAUCAAACGAAAAGACAAACGCGGCGACAUGGCGGUCUGUGGGUCCGAGGCGGAAGCUUCGUUUGCCACAAAACGCUACCAGAUGACAUUCUACUACACACACACACACAUACACACACAUACACACAGAAUGAGAGAAUUGUGUUUCCAUUACAGCAAGGUUUUUGUUAGCUGUGUGCUGUGCAACACAAAAAAGCACCCCGGUCGGUUGGGUGAACGCUUUCAACUCGGUUCGCUAGCUCGGAAGAAUCAAAUUAAAAAUUUCAUUUUUCAUCACCCGUUCGCCCUCGGAACUGGAUUGUUGCAAUGAAGCUGGUGGUAGCUAGGGCACGAAAGAGUGCAAAAGAAAGAGAGAGAGAGAGAGAGAGAGCGAAUGAGAGAGGUAGUAACAAAACAAACAAAAAACAACAUCCAUUUUUGCGCGUGGUCAGGUCACGUCAAGAGUCGUAAUUCUAAUUUUAGUCUGCCCAGCAUCCACCGCAAGCGCACAUCUUGGGGGCCAGCUGGUGCGGGCGGGGCCAGGCAUUUAACCCAGCAUUAACUAAUCUACUGCUGACUAGGUACUAAGUUGCUCAAACCCAUUUUCUUGGCAUGCGUUCGAAGCAAAAUGGGAAAAUUUCUCCAUGAAGAAAAAAAGCUAAUUUCCACCGAAAGUACAGGCCACUGGCGCAUAGUGCAUACUUGCACUGGUGGCAUUGUUGGCGCGUCAAGCUGGCUGACACUGGCGAGUGGUUUUUUUUUUCUUCUCCCGAACACCGUGCACCCGUCAUGUGUGCUUACAAACAGCUGGUUGAUAAAUGCUUUCACUGCGCGAGCGAGCAUUUUGAGCGCCCCAUUUGCCGGAAUGCAUUCAACCGCACCCCUCCCUGCACGUGCCCUGCCACAUGCGAAUCAUUUUGAGCGAUUAGUCUAGAUUAAGACGUUGCUGAGGGCGCUCGUCUUGUGCGCUUGGGGCAGCACUUGAGGGUAUGGAAAGGAAAGUAGCACCACCCAAAAGUGGCUGUCACUUGUGAACCCCCGAAAUGAGAUUUAGCAACCCGUCACGUUUGGCCGGACGACAAAGACGCCGGAAAAGGGUGAGGGUUGCCCGAUCCGGACAAUAAAAGAUGAUGCCAAGCGCUGUCAGUUGGCCCCAAAAGCGGUGGUGCUGGAUAAAAGGUUGAGCAUGACGCACAGUAACUGACAGCCAGCACACCAAAAGUGCUUCUGAUUGGCUCCGUGGCGGUGCUUGUGGACAUGAGGGCAGGUGGUGGCAGAAAGCAGAUGGGGGGGAGUUUCUUCUUUCGCUCGGUCAAUCCUGUCGUGUGUGUGCCCGUGUGUGUGCCCGUGUGUGUGUGUGUGUGUUUAAUAUUUCUCCAGAAGUCGUCGGAGGUCCAGGUCCCAGGCGGCAAAUGCUGCGGCCCCUUCGAACAAGAAACCCUCCGCAAGGCUUCGCAAGUGGAUGCUUAAUUAAAAUUAUUUUAAUUAUCCGUUCCCCCGCCUUCCCAGUGUCUCUCUGUGUCCGUGGGUCCGUGUGUGAAAGUGUGUGUGAUAAAGUUAAUGUCACACCCACUGCCCACGAUGGAUUCGCUCCAAAGUUUUAUCGCCUUCCGCUUAAAGCGGACGGAAGAGUGGUGGUGAGGUUUUGCAUUUCCGAAUAACUUCUGCAAACGGCCCCGGACGGCCUUGAAUCACCACUAGCCCAUUAAUGACUUUUUUUUUGUUUUGUUUUGUUUGCUGCUGCUGCUGUUGCUCCAGCCUACGUAAUGGCCAGCAAAGCCACAACCGGGAUGGCCUGUCACUCUCACAUAUGCCUGUGUGCGACGAGGGGUUUGAAGGGCAGACCCAUUUCCCAUCCCGCACCCCUUGCCCCAGCUCGGGGACAACUAUAUUUAAUUGAAAAGACCAACAGCGUUACAGCUGUCAAGCCCCGUUUGCCAAAACUACUCACCUACCACCGACCAUUCUUUUAGUGGUGUGCUCUCUGGAGCGCUCCCGGCUAUUGUUAGUUCGAUUCCGACUCCGGCUGGAUCGGAACCACCAUAGUUCUGAGUCGGAGUCAUCUGGAGCCUUCCGGUGUCAUCGGGAGUUGGAGUCAUUUGGAGUUGUCCGAAGUCGUCCGAAGUCAUUCGGAGUCAUUCGAAAUCGCCCGGAGUCAUCAGGAGUCGUCCGGAACGUUCCAGAGCGAUGCGGAGUUUGAGUCAUUUGGAGUUGUCCGAUGUCGUCCGGAGUUAAUCGGAGUCGUCUGAGGUCAUCUGGAGUCAUCAGAAGCCAUUCGGAGUCGUUCAGAGCCUUCCCGAGUCAUCCGGAGCUGAAGUCAUUCGGAGUUGUCCCAAGUCCGUCGGAGUCGUCCGGAGUCAUCUGAAGUCAUCAGAAGUCAUUUGGAGUGUUGCGGAGCCAUCCGGAGUCAUCCGGAGCUGUCCGAAGUCGUCCGAAGUCGUCCGGAGUCAUUCGGAGUCGUCCAGAGUCAUCCGGAGUUAGCCGGAGUCGUUUGGAGUUGGCCAGAGUCGGAGUUGUCCCGGAGCGGACAUUGCACCGACUGUUUUCUGUCGACUCCAACUCUCGACAACUCAGACCCGGGAUAUCUCCGAAUAGUUCCAGACGACUCCGAACGAUUCCGAACGAUUCCGUAUAGCUCCGGAUGACUCCGAACGACUCCGGAUGACUUCAGACGAAUCUGACUGACUCCAGAAGACAAAGACUCCGGACGACUACAGACGAUUCCAAACGACUGCUACGUUCCGGAUCGGAAUUUCGGUUCGGAGUCGACUCGGGAUGUUUGCCAACGUUACCCAUCACUAAAUUUUUUGCAUGCCCCCCCCCCCC